UCCCUUCAGAAGAGUUCGUUCGUUGUGUCUCGGUUUGGUUGCAAUACAGGGACUUGGGUACAUUCAAUCGGUCCGACAAAGUUGUUUCUGUGUCAAAAAUCGCGCUCUUUCACCGGACAGAGUAAACUGUUGCAUUCGUUCGCCACAGUGAAUAUUGUCGAUUUCAGCUAUUAAUUUACCUCUUUUUCUCCUGUUGUUUGAUCCGAUCAGUCGUUUCGAUCUUUCCAGUGAAAGGUAGAGAAAAAGAAAUUUUCCUCUGCACACAAAAGAAAAAAAAAGAGGUAAUACGCGAGACAAGGAAGGCCGACCCGACCGCGGGAGGAAAGAGAGAGAUCACGAUCAAUCAGUCGAACGUGAACGGACAGAAACAAAAAAAAGUGCACCGUCUCGCAGAGGAAGAAGAAUAUUUAUUUUUUGACAUUUUGAUUUACCAUUGGCCUCGCAUUUUGUUUCUACGCUGUGAUGCACUUUCAAAGAGUUCUUUUGUUGAUCAUAGCCCAAUAGGAAAGUUACUAACAGGAUUAGUAAUAGUGACGUUUUUCCCCGUGACGAGAAUCGAAGCCGCAGUGAUUGGAUUGACCAUUUGCAGUGUGUGUGCUCCGUCGGUGUUCCAGCGAAUACAACGACGAAAACCACAACGGCUGCUGCGUGACAGCUCCGAGCGCUGAUCACUUUUAUGCGAAGAAGUGGCUGAGAAAGGCGAAGAGCCUAUUUUUCUUGUUGACUCGGUAACCUAAAGGCAGCAACCCUGAAGAAGUUAGUGCAAACACGUCUCAAUAUGAUCCGAGAUCCGGGUGCCGGUCCUCACGAGAGUACAGAGACGCAACCAACAACUCAAUAUGACCGGAUUAUGUACGAUACACAUCGGCCAGUUGCGCCAACUUUGGCGCCUGCUUCACCCAUGGAAGUUGACCCGGAGUCUCCUCUUGACAUGACCGUCCGCCGGAAGGAUUCAGAUCGACAACCGGCGACUCCAUCGGCCGAUCAGCCACAGAAUAGUCCUACUGGCAGUGGCGGUAGUGGCAGCGAGAGUAGAGAUGCACCGAUCAGCUUCAACAUGCGCCCUAGUGUGAUAACGAAAGCUCCGCCACCGCCAAUCAAAAAACGGAUCAGUAGUAUGCACAGUAAUGGUGAAAUAGUGAUAAAAAGCGCUGUGGGUGAUAAUCUUUCUCCGGUCAACUGCGACGUUUUCAUCGAGGAACAUUUCCGGAGAUCAUUAGGUAAUACUUACGCUUCCAUCUAUGGAAACAACAAUAACAGUCAGCAUAAAAGUAGUGGCAGUGAUACCAGAAACAGUAGUACUAGCAGCAGUAGCAGUAUUAGCAGUAGUUCCAGUAGCAGCAACAACAACAGCAGUACCGCACUCAACAACAAUAACAGCAGCAGCAGUCUGAGCAGCUCGAGCUCGGGCAUUGGAAGUGCUACCAGCAGUAGCAGCACCAGCAGCCUCGUUGGUAGUAGUGUUAACUUUAGCGUUAACAGUCACCUUGGAAUUGUCAGUGCUGUCGUUAGACAAAGCCAAGUGAUUCCACCAGUUGAGAUCUCACCGUUAAUUAAAGUUAAAGCGGAACCUGGACAGGUCCAACAGCAGCAGCAACUCCGACAGGAGGUUAAAAUCAAAAAUGAACCCGGAACCGGUCCCCAGAUAAGGCCAGAUUCCGAGGAGGAAGUAGAUGAUCAUUUCGCUAAGGCGCUCGGAAACGACACCUGGAAGAUGAUACAGGAGAAAAAGAUGAAUUUGUGAGCGGAGCCUCAUGACCACCGUGUACACGACGGGACGAAGCUGAGCGCUCAACCGAUUAAAAGCUGAACGGGAUCUAUUCAAGCAAUGUUAUGGUUCAAGCUUGAAAACCGGUAUUCGGGUGGCAAAUCAUUGGCAGUGCCUCAGAAACUCGCCGAGAUUACAGAUGGAAGGAAAGUCCAAGACUAGACUUUUGCGAGUAGCAUGCUUCGUCGUCAUGCGUAUACCCGAAGGAAUGGUCAAUUGUUAACACGUAUAUACCAUUUUAAAUCACCCGUACUAUAUUUACUAAUGCUGAUGUCUGUGUUAGGAACGCUUUUUUAUAUAUUGCAUAUUUUUUAUAUUAUCACUUGUUCAAAACAAGCGCAUUUACUAA